AUCCUCUUUUGCCAGCCUUGAAUAUGGUCAGUUGAAUUGUAAGUCUCUAACUUCGACAUUUUUAGCUGUUUAAUAUAUUAAACAUCAAAUCCCGAUAAAACUAUCUUUCCAAAUCAAAUAAUAACGUUAAUCGGUUCAUUGACUUGCAGUCAAAAUUUAUGGGCUAUUAUAUAUUAUACGUUAUUUUAUAUAUUGUAUAUAUAUUAUUACUGGUAAACUGAACAUUAUUGUUUUUCAAGAACACAAAAUUGAACACAAAAUUGAAGGAUCAGAACUUUUUAGUAGAAAAAUUACUCAAGUUCAAAGUGGUAUAGCUUUAUGUUAUAAUGAAACUCAUUACUUCUUGUGACAUUUUUGUUCAGUGUGUAGCGGGUAUAAAAAUAAAUAUAGUUUUUCGUUUCACAAAUUUGAUAAACUUUGCAGACAUUAAAAAAUAUUUUUUUAUGGCGAGUUCCUGAUGGAUCUGAAGAAUGGAGUCUUUUCUUCAACUGUAGAAGUGUAUCAAAAAGUCAUUAAAAUUUUCAGAUUCAUUAAUAUCAAUGUAAUUCAUAAUGUAAUCAUUUUUGGAGGAAAAGGCGAGUUUGAAAAUAUUGAUUCCUUAAGUGAAACACUCUGCUAUUCCAAUAAUUUGCUAACGCAUUGGAAAAGCGGUGAACUACUACAGAUUCAUUGAGUAGUAGACUUGAUGUAUUUUCGGACACAAUAUCCGUGAGCGCCAAGUUUCAUUGGCACAAUUCCUUCCAUUACGAAGUGGAUUAGGCAGAGAGGAGGCGUUACGAUCAAUGACCAGCUAAAAGUGAUCUUAAAAAGAGUGUCUACUAUCUGAGCCGAUCAGACUGACUUCAUUUUUUCAAUUUUUUUUCAAAUUUUAGUGCUAAAAAGCUUGUGUAAUACCACACUUUUGACGUUUAAAAUAAAUAUCUGUAAUAAUUCAAUUUGACUCCAGAAAUAAAGUAUAUUUUUAUGCUAGUUGCCAUAAUUGACGCAACAAAUAUAUGAUUUUAGAAGUCAGUGUAAUUGAAUAACAAUUAAGGAAAACAUUUUCAUUAUAAAAUAAUAAUAAAAAUGUAAUAAAUCAUAAUAAAUUCUAUAAUAUUUGUUUGAAUGUAUAUUCCAUUUGCUUUUUAGUCAAUCUAUGAUCUGCUUUAACGAAUCGACGGUUUCUGUAUUUACUUCCUGGUAAGGUUCUCUCGAAAUCCCUGUUGCAUGAAUCUUAUCAGCGCGUGUGCAUUUGAAAGACGUAUUGAUUCGAAUUCUGAAAUUAUAGCGUCAUCCCGUUAACUCGCAGAUUCAAUUUCAUAUUGAUCGAACAGAGGCUUGCGUCAAGCCCCGCUUUUAAUAUUACACGGAAUCCUAGAAUCUCUGGAAACGAGCCAUCUGGGAAAUCAUCGACGAGCUGUGUGUUAUUGUUUAUCGUCAAACUCCUGUUAGGAAUUUCGUUGUCGAUUCUAGAGCUAAUUCGAGAUAAUUGAUCGUCUGAGAUGUUUCAUGCAGAAAUAAUAAUUCAUACCUGCUAUAAUUUACAAUAAUCGUACGCAUGAGAUAAAAUAAAUAAUAUAGAUUGAAAAUGUUUAGUCAUACGUAAGUCAAGUGUAGUCUAUAAGCAUGAGUCUUUUUUUAAGAAGAUUGACAAUUAGAGGAAAUUAUAUUGGAGUCGAUUAUUAAUGAAAGCUUUAAUAGUCUAAUCAGUUAUUUUUAACAGAAGAGGAAUUUACUUUCCAAGUUGUUUUUAAGAAAAUUAUUAUGAUUCUGUGAAUUUAUUUAUUAUACAUUUCUCCGAGUAUAUUUAAAAUUGGACCCUUAUUUCUUUGAUAUGAAUUAUUUAAGGACAUGUUUCGAAUUAUUUGUUAAAAUUGUUUAAUACAGAAGGUGGUCCGAACAAAGACUACUUGAACUGUAGGGCCACAUUAGGUGUUUCAAUUUGUCGAAAAUAAUGUGAAACCAUCGAUAAAUCCUUGUGAAAUGAAUCUUGUGAUCUUGGAAAUUAGAAUUUCGAAAACUGAGAAUUAGGAUACGUAUUUACAUGGUCGUAUCAAUCAAAGUCGACUUAAACUUUUACUAAUCCCUUAUCUCUACAAUAUCGUAUCGGGCUCGCGGUGAACAUUUCAAGUACAAUUCAACAAAUCUAAGUAAAAUACUAUUUUACUAUUAUUAAUUAUAAUACUUUAAACUCUAAAGUUUAGAGUCAACUUGAACAUAGAAACGAGCGUGGGAUUGUUUUCUUGUACCAAGGAAUUAAGAACAAUGAAAUAGUUCUUUCAAACGCAGUUAGGAAAGAAAUCGUGGUGCAGGGGGUUAAAUGAUGUUUAUAAAAUUUCAUAUCCGUCAAAUUGACGGUUUCCGUAAAUCUAGUGUUAAGAAUGGUAUAUCCACGUAAAUAUACUUGUAAAGAAACGCUCUUCUGUGACUCGCUUAAGUCUGCGUAAGCUUUUAAAACAGGUCUACUUGCCGGACGAUCGCUUUAUACAUCUAUAUGGGACUUUAGGGGUUCCCCGUAACUGUCACAUUGUCAAAUAAAUGCCCACCACUAAACCAUAUAACUCGUUUCAAGAUUUACCAUUCACGUCAUCAUUCUUCAACCUUUCGCAUUCCUUUGUCGAGUGUGACUUGAUGUUCAAUUUUAAAAAUAUUAUUUUUCUUAUUUUCAAUAUACGGUAAAUCGAAGCGCAUCAGAUCACAGAAUGUACUGGAUCGAAACAAGAAUUCAGUUCACGUUUGUUAUAUGGAAAAUUAUAUUUCCUAGUUUUCGUUCUUCAUUUGCAACAAGAAGAUUUCAAAAUUCUUUUUCCACUUUUAUUAUUAAUGUGUACGUAUUUCUGUUUCCUGAUUGUCAAAGAGAAGACGACCCGAUUUGCUUUAGUCUGCUCUGAAAAUUAAAAUAAAUUGUUUACGUGACUUCUUGUAAAUCAGUUUGAAGUAGCCUUUGAAUAAAAUACUUGAAACGAUGUAGAAUUAUUUGAAACUAAAUGUAGAUAUUCAGAAAACAUAAGGUUAAGCUAUUUCUAUACAUUCAGGGAACAACAUUAUGCCAAGUUACUAUUGUUCAAUAUUAUUCAUACUUGAAAAAGAAAAAUUUGAAGUCAAAGUUAGUUAUUACUAUCGAAGUAUGCGCUCAAAAACUACACCAUCAAUAUUUCCCACGCAACAUCUGCGCAAAAUGUAAUUACACAUAAUUACCUCUGUUGACGCAAGACAGUGUCUUACAGAGUAAUCCUUUUCCACGCUCAACGAGGUUUCCAUUUCCAUCGUGACAAAAUGAACAAACUCUUCUUUAAUCUUAAUGCUCUGCUAACGGUGCCGCUACAGUGGCGGCACUUAACAUUUACCUUCAUAGUCGAUGUCGCUACUACAGCGGUAGUAUCUCUUUUCCGAGUAUGUACGUGUACUAUUUCCAGACCGAGCGGUAUUGUAAAUAUUUAUUACCCUUCGGUGUCCUUUUCUAACGGUGUUUAAGAAAUACCGUAAUUCACCUUCAAAGAAUAAUUUCAUUAAAAAUGUGCCGAUCGCAACGGGUUAACUUCCGCACUCUGUAAAAACUCGUCUUUGGCAUAAACAUUCGCGAUUCGUUGAUAAACAAGGUGUCCCUCGUUGAAGGAAUUGGGGUCCGAUUUGUUCGAGCUGUGCAAGCUUCACUCGCAGCUUGGUAGCAAGGCGAAUAAAGAGUUUAAUGGCUCGCUUUCCUGUAACACGAUCGUCCGUUGACAGAUCGGGAACCGGGCAGUCUGGAAGCUCGCCGAGGGUGACGCUUCGGCUCAACCAGGUGCGAGGAGCAAGGGAUGAAAAGAAAGGAGGGAGCGCUACUAACUCCCGUCAGGGCAGCAUGAACGCGCAGAAUCAAGGUCAAAUGGAAACUUCAAUGAAGACGUCAAACGUCUCGUCAGGGACCGUGAAUGCUGUCUCGGGCUCAAGUGCGUCUGGAAACGCAUCUUCAGCGGCCAAUGAUGGUGGCGACGUUUAUGAAUUUAAAAGUUCAAAAGAACCGACACCGGUGAGAGGUGCGAGUUCUUCGCCAAAUCCGAAUCCUGAAAAAGAUAAAGAUGGUGGGAAGACUACUAGCGGUCAAGGAAGUCAAAGCGGAGGUAACAAUGUGUCCACCACUGGUGGCUCUACGACAUCUUCCGGCGAGACAACAACGUCGAUUUCUGCUGAUGAUGCCGCUACUGUUUCGGUGUCACCUUCGUCUAAACGUGCGUUUGAAGGUGACAAUAAUGAGGAACAGGACGAAGAAAAUCGUAGGAAGAAACGCAAAGACUCGGAGCCUGUAAAAGAAAAUUUAAAAAACACAACAACUGGAAGACAGAGUACUGGUAGGAAUACUGCUAAUUCGGGGGAAAAAUGUACUAAAUCAGGUAAACAGGGAUCUGGAGCAACUUCUGGUAAAAGUAAUCAAAACGCAGCUUCUAUUAGUGCUGAUAGAAAAAGUCCAAAUACUGCUUCAAUGGCAAGUAGUCCAAAGCCUUCAAAUCCUUCUGGUUCAACAACAAACACUAAAACAACUACCCCAGCACCUCCUGAAUCUGAUGGCGAAGAUGACAGAUCAAAAGGUUCUGAUUCUGCUUCAGCACCUAAAGUGCCACCUUUAAAAAUAGUUAUUCCACAAAGUAGUACAUCUGAACAGGAACAGGGUAAUAGAAAUGGAAAAAGUACAUCUAACAGAAGUCAUCAGUUACCUUAUGUAGUGGCAAGUUCUAAUAGCAAUGAUUCAACGGAUAAAGAUCAGAGUCAGUCUGCUAGUGGUACAACGAGUCCUACGGAAAGUGGAAAUAAUACUAAAAGUGAAGAUAAAAAAGAUUUCAGCGGUGCUUUACAUGGAGAGGAAAGAUCAACACAUCAUCAGAGAGUGCUUAGAAGUUCGCAUAGAUCUAGUAAUGGCAGUAAUGGCUCAUCAACAUUGAAAGAAACUUCUGCUUCUGCAAAUAGUGGAAAUUAUUCAAACUCAUCUCCUCUACCUGUAACUACUUCAACGGAUCGUUCGAAUAACUCAUCGCCCCAGCAACGGCAUCAUUCACCAACACCUGAAGUAACUGGUACUGAAUCUAACAAAUCUAGUUCAGUAGAAACUUCAAAUAGUAAUACUAGUUCCAAAACAAAUGUUACGAUGGAAAAGUCAGAAAAAAAUACUGAAACUGGCGGAAAGAGUCAGAAAGACAAUAGUACAGAAAGUUCGGAAAACACCUCUACAACGACUUCGUCAACAACGUCGAACGUAGGUACACCAGCACCACCUGUUGAGCUUCAUCCUAGAAAAAGAAAAAUGAAACCUAAUAAAGAAGCACAACAAGCUGCCACAGCUGCCUCGAAUGAAACUUCUGAAACAACCAACACAGGUACAGAAGUACAUCCACAUGAUCUACCUAUUACCAAUUGCUAUCAAUUAUUCCUCAAUAUUAGGAAACAGAUUGAACGAAGAAGAAAAGGUCUCUUUCCAGUUCAACCAAAACCACCUCAGGGUUUCAAAGAUUAUUUAAUGAAUCGUUGUACAUACGUAUUAGCCGGAAAUGCAAAUAAAGAACCCAAUGUUAAUCCUCCGGUUGGAUUACAAGGCGCUAUGAAGGAUUUAUACGUUGAACAAGAAAAAGAAAGAUACCGUCUUCGAAUGCAACAUGUUGUUGAAAAAGAGAAAUUAGUUUUAUCAGUGGAACAAGAAAUUCUUAGAGUUCACGGUAGAGCUGCUAGAGCUCUUGCUAACCAGUCUCUUCCUUUUUCCGUUUGUACUAUAUUAAAAGAUGAAGAGGUUUAUAAUGUUAUUACACCAGAACAAGAAGAAAAAGAUAGGAACGCGAGAAGUCGAUAUAACGGCAGACUGUUUCUGAGUUGGUUACAAGAUGUGGAUGAUAAAUGGGAAAAAAUUAAGGAAGCUAUGUUACUUAGACAUCAUAACGAAGCAGAAUCGUUACAUGCUGUGCAAAGAAUGGAUUGGGAAUGGAAAUUAAAAGAAGUUGGACUAUGUGAAUUUAAAGCGACACCUCAAAUAGAAGACAUGCAUGUUCCAAUGGUACAUGUUUCGGAUGAUUUUGAUUUACUCCCAGCUUAGUGAAUAGAGAUUGACCAGUUGACUAGGUGUAACUGCUCAUAUGAUUUUGCUCAUUUCCAACCUUCACGAUUCUGAAUAAACAAAAGUGUUCAUUCUGUUACAUUCAGAAAGUCCGUACGUCCUUUCACACACAGAAAACAAGUGUUGCAUAUUACUCUUAUUUUAUUUAAAACAACAACAUUGUUAUUCAGGUUUAAACUAACUAUUCGCAUAAUAGUAUAAACUUAGACAAUUAAAAUUUCAGUAACAUCUAAAAUAUUCUGAUUGGUGAGUUUCAAAUGUAUGGAAGCCGUCUAAGUUUCACUUUUCUCCGUUUCAUUUAAGAAAACAUUAAUAUCCUUGUAUAUAAGAUUGACACUUUUAUUUCUAAUUCACUUUAUCGAAAUAUAAGUUAUCGCAUUUUAAUGCAUAGUUUAGUUGGAACAUAUUGAUGUGAAAAUCACAAUGAUGGGUUUUCAAAAUGGCUUCAAUGAACCGAGUACUCACUCACCAAAAAUAGGCUCAUUGAUAAUGGAGUUGGCCAUUGAAACAGUCUACUUCCGAUACUGCACUCGUAGAUGUAAAAGUAUGUACGGUGUAUUGUAUUUUAAUCGUGUGCCUGUCAGUUCGUGCGUGCGUGCGUGCGUGCAAGCUUGAAAUUAUUUCAAAGGUAAUGACUAUAAUCUGUGAUCUCUCUUACAUUAUAAUGUAUUCGCUAUUGUUUUACGGUUACCAAAUUGCGUUAUAUAUUGUUUUUAAACUAUCAUAUCUUGAGGCUGUAUUUAGGAGACAACUUAACUCUCUAAUUAGAUUAUUCAAUUGCAUUUAUAGGUUUAUUACUUUCUUGAAAUUGUUGAUAUUUUAUUUUCAAAUUGUAUUAUGUUGGUUGAAACGGUUUGUCGAAAUCGUAAUUUAUUAAACUAAUAAUUGGAAUAACAUAAUUCCAACAAUUUUUAUAUACAAAUUGUCAAUAAUUAAAUUGACAUUUAGAAAAUUUUAAAAAUUUCUUAACCAAUUAAAUCUGUUCUCUAAUAUUGAUUUUAAUUUCAGCUAUGUGAAAUGAACAUGUAACUGAUAUUUUAAUAAUGAAAAAUAUAACAGAAAUAAAUGAACUGAAAGUGCUUAAUACAUAGAAAUCUUAUCUUCCUUUUAUUGGGUAUAAUUUAAUAGAUGUAUUUCAAGUGAAACUUUAUAUACAAUUUAAAACCGUUUAUACCAACACAAUAUAUUUAAAAGCAUGAUUAAGGAAGAUUAUAACAGUCACCUGAAAAUGUAUAAUAGUCCUUAUAAAUGUAAUGUUUCAACAUUACAUAUUCAUCCAGUUUGUGUUGUAAUUAUUUAUUACUGUAUUUUUUCAGUAUAUAAUGUCAACAUAAUAAUGUAUUGUAUA